GCUCGAAGAUGACGUUGCAACUGAACCCCUGCAUUCGGUCGGCCUUUUGUGGGUCUUACAUGAAGCGGCGCCGCGCAUCGUGGGGUGCGCAUAUUCGAGGUAAGGUUUUCAACAACGGAUUCAUCGCUAGAGCCUCUUGUCGUCAAUCCAUACCAUAUUCGAACUCUUGCACGCGAUUAAACAGCGCUGCGAGAUUUUAGAUUGUCAGUCAGAGCUCGGUCAUUGCUCAUUCCCCAUCGUGGUCUCCUCGUCAUCAGUUUCUUCGUCUUAGAGUUGGCUUCUGCCCCUCCUUUACACCAGUUUUUUUUCCCGACAGGUGGACAAUCGCAUGAGGUGCUGGUAAUCUCUAGGAGAUCAAUCUUGAUACCUGUUGCUCAAGUGAAUUGUGAGUCGCAAUUUGCUUCUAUGACCUAUGCCCAAGCAUACAGUCAUUACUGCGUUUCGUACAUUCACUAACAUGUGCACAGGGUAACCCAGUAUCAAGGAAAAUGGCACCGCAGAAGCCUCUGCCUUAUGAUGAUAAGUUCGCUUCUCCAGACGAAUAUGUCUCAGAGCUUCUGAACUUUGUCGCAUCAACGGACGUCUUCCAGAUCCUCUGCGGCGGCGUUCACAUUCUUGACUUUUUCACCAUUGAACCUGGGUUGUUCCAUGCUGCUCUGCCAAAAGAAUGGCACCCUUUUCUGUUGUCAUGCGAUAUUAUGCGCCUAAUCGAUAUACUGGCACGAGAGGACCUUGACAGCUUGCAAAAUGAUGGAGAGCAUCAGAUGCCCGAGAGCCUGCUCAACUACAUCAAGUCGAUACGGAGGCUCUCUCUGAGCCGGGAAUAUGCUCCGCCAGAUCGAACAGUGGCCAAGCCAACGAGGUCUGUCUCGAUUGGCAUGAAGCCGAAGAAGAUACACGAAGUGGCCAACUUUGCAGACUAUGUCGACCGGCUGUCUCAUGAGGUCGCUUCGCAUGACGGGAACAAUGUCACACACUUUGUCGAUUUUGGCAGCGGGCAAAAUUACCUUGGGAGGGCACUCGCCAGCGAACCUUACAACCGCCAUGUCGUAGCAGUUGAAGGACGUGAGAACAAUGUGUCAGCCGCCAAGGGCUUUGACAUGAGCUCUGGACUUUCCGUUGCGCCGCAGGUACGGAGGAACAAGAAGGCUUGGGAUAAGAUCCGGAAAGCUGCCGGCCCUGGAGGACUCAAAGACCCCGAGCGACUAGCACAAGCAAUCAAAGACGUGGUGGGCGAGGAGGGCUUACUCAAAGACGCUGAAGCCAAGCCGGUGGAUUUUCGGGCGAGGAAUGAUCUGGACGCGACAUACACGGCCGAGGACGGAAAGGGGUUCAUGACUUACAUCUCCGGGCGGCUUGAAAGCGGAGAUCUUUCCGGCGUGAUCUCUGAUAUCGAGCAGGGCGACUUGCCCGAGGAGAAGAAGCGCGAGCUUCGGCUCAUGGCCGUAUCCAUCCACUCCUGCGGCAACCUGUCACACUUCGCCAUCCGGUCAUUGAUCAUGAACCCAGAUAUGCGUGCCGUCGCUAUCGUGGGCUGUUGCUACAAUCUCCUGACCGAGAAACUGGGCGCACCGACGUACAAGCACCCCUUUCUCCGACCAACCCUGCAAGCGAUCAAUGGCCGCGUCACACGCGAGUCCGAAAAGAACGACCCGGAAGGUUUCCCGAUGAGCAAGCGCUUCUCCGAGCACAACGGCGACGGCGUACGCCUGAACAUCACCGCCCGUAUGAUGGCAUGUCAGGCACUGCAGAACUGGACUGCGAAGGAAAGCGAAGGGUUCUUCACGCGUCACUUCUUUCGUGCAGUGGCACAGAAGAUGUUCCUUGACCGUGGCGUUGUACAGAAAAUUCGUCACCGCACUCUCGAACCCGGUGUUGAAGAGACACUUUUUGACCUGAGCACGAGUCCAGUGAUUGUGGGCUCGCUGCGGAACAGCUGCUACGACUCGUUGAAGACGUACGUGCGCGGUGCCGUUGAGAAGAUCAUCAACAACCCGGAGGUCCCCGAGUACGCAGAACUCAUGCGCGAAAAGAUGGGAUCCAUCACAGAUGAGGAGAUUGAGGAGUACGAGAAGAUCUAUCUUCCUAGAAAGAAGGAGCUCUCCGUCAUCUGGACCCUGAUGGCGUUCAGCGCGAUUGUCGUCGAGUCGUUGAUUGUGACAGAUCGCUGGACAUUCUUGAAGGAACAGCAAGAAGUCGAUCAGGCAUGGGUCGAGCCGGUGUUCGACUUCAAGCUAAGUCCCAGAAAUCUGGUGGUUGUAGGGAUUAAGAAGUGAAUCCGACCUCGUGAAUACCUUAUUAGGGACGU